GGCCUCUCUCCACCGUUUCCUCGCCCUUUCUCUCUCCCUGCACAUCGUUUUUGGCGAUUUAUUACUCUCUUAUACGCUGCGGCUUCUCCUUAGCUUCUCACUGCUCACUCCCUCACCGCUGCUUCGUUCAAAAGUGCUUUUUUUUUUCCUUCUUCUUUUUAUAAGAAAAAAAAGGCGUUUUUUUCUUUCUUUUUUGGGUGUCUAUUCAUUUGGGAGACGUUUGAACUCAAAAAGAUGAGAUUUUGUGAAUGAGUACCACAGGGUACACUUCUGAAGUCCUCUCCUUGUUUGAGUUUAUGCUUGUGUGAAAAAAAAGAAAAAAGAAAAAAAGAAGGCAGUGUAGAAUUUGAAAUAGUCGGCGUGAUCGAUUGAAAACAUGGAAGAGAAGCCGUUCCCUGCGUGGUCGUGGUCCGUCGAGCAGUGCUUGAAAGAAUUCGGUGUAAAAUUGGAGAGGGGAUUGAGCUCCUAUGAAGCUGAGACGCGGAGAGAGGUUUACGGGUGGAAUGAGCUCAAGAAAGAGAAGGGCAAGCCCUUGUGGUCCCUCGUCUUCGAGCAAUUCGACGAUGUCCUCGUCAAGAUCCUACUCGUCGCGGCUUUUAUCUCCUUUACCCUAGCUUACAUCCAGGAAAGUGAGUCCGUUCACACGGGGCUUGAGGUUUAUGUGGAGCCCUUUGUUAUCGUUUUGAUCCUCGUUCUUAAUGCCGUCGUCGGAGUUUGGCAGGAAAGUAAUGCUGAGAAGGCCCUCGAAGCGUUGAAGGAGAUGCAGUGCGAGUAUGCAAAGGUUCGAAGAGACGGCUUUUAUGUGCCGGAGUUACCGGCGCGUGAAUUGGUCCCUGGAGAUAUUGUGGAAUUGAGGGUCGGAGAUUGGGUUCCUGCCGAUAUGAGAGUCGCGGCGUUAAAGACUUCGACUUUGAGGGUGGAGCAAAGCUCGUUAACAGGAGAGAGCAUGCCCGUUAUCAAAGGAACCAGCCCCGUGUUCACGGACGACUGCGAAUUGCAGGCGAAGGAGUGCAUGCUGUUUUCUGGAACGACAAUUGUUAACGGAAGCUGCAUUUGUAUAGUAACUAGCAUUGGUAUGAGCACGGAAAUCGGCAAAAUUCAAACUCAGAUUCAGGAGGCUUCGAUGGAAGAGCACGACACUCCUUUGAAGAAGAAGUUGGACGAAUUUGGUGGGAGGUUAACCACCAUAAUUGGGGUGAUUUGCCUUACAGUAUGGGUUAUUAACUACAAGAAUUUCCUCACUUGGGACAAUAACGGAUCCUUUUGGAACUUCAGGUUUUCUUUCGAGAAAUGCACUUACUACUUUAAAAUAGCAGUCGCGCUUGCAGUGGCGGCCAUUCCCGAAGGCCUGCCUGCAGUAAUUACCACUUGUUUGGCUUUGGGCACGAGGAAAAUGGCGAAGAAGAAUGCGAUUAUGAGGAAGCUUCCGAGUGUUGAGACGUUGGGAUGUACGACUGUGAUUUGCUCGGAUAAGACUGGCACGCUAACUACGAAUCAGAUGUCCGUGAAUGAAUUUUUCACCCUUGGAGGGGAGAUGAAUACUUGUCGAGCUUUUCAUGUGGAGGGCACGACAUACAAUCCCAAAGAUGGCGGAAUUACUGGUUGGAGCUACAGUAAUAUGGAGGGGAGUUUGCAGACUUUAGCACAGAUUUGUGCGCUGUGCAAUGAUGCCGGGAUUUAUUGCAAUGAGUUUCUGUUCCGGGCUUCUGGGUUGCCCACAGAGGCAGCUCUUAAGGUACUAGUUGAGAAGAUGGGGGUUCCAGAUGCAAAGGCCAGGAGUAGAAUACGUGAUGGACUUCUUACUGCUGAUUAUUUUCUGGAUCGCUCGACAGUCAAGUUAGGCUGUUGUGACUGGUGGACAAAGAGAUCAAGUAGGGUUGCCACGCUGGAGUUUGACCGAGUUCGUAAAUCUAUGAGUGUUAUUGUCCGUGAACCAACUGGAAAUAACCGCCUUCUUGUAAAGGGAGCUGUUGAAACUGUUCUGGACAGGUGCUCAUAUGUGCAGCUUGCAGAUGAAUCAAUUGCUCUGUUGGAUGAGCCAUGUAGACAGCUAAUUUUGUCGAGAUUCACUGAAAUGAGUUCAAAAGGUUUGCGAUGCUUAGGAUUUGCAUUCAAAGAUGACUUGGGAGAAUUUUCAGACUACUAUGCAGAUACUCAUCCUGCUCACACGAAGCUGCUCGAUCCAGCUAACUACCCUGAAAUCGAAAGUGAACUUACUUUUGUUGGAGUUGUUGGUCUAAGGGAUCCUCCUCGCGAUGAAGUGCAAAAAGCAAUUGAAGAUUGUAGAGGUGCUGGAAUAAAAGUAGUAGUUAUAACCGGUGACAACAAGUCCACAGCAGAGGCAAUAUGCAAGGAAAUUCGGUUAUUUCCUUUAAUGACCAGCCUCAAAGAUGGAAGCUUUACUGGUAAAGAAUUCACUAGUCUUCCAUUUUCUCGGCAAAUUGAGAUCUUAUCAAAACCUGGUGGUGUGGUUUUCUCUCGUGCUGAGCCAAGGCAUAAGCAAGAUAUAGUGCGGCUGCUGAAGGAAAUGGGAGAGAUUGUUGCCAUGACUGGAGAUGGUGUUAACGAUGCACCUGCACUAAAACUUGCUGACAUAGGAAUUGCUAUGGGUAUAACUGGAACUGAGGUUGCAAAGCAGGCUGCUGAUAUGGUACUAGCUGACGAUAACUUUAGCACGAUUGUCUCAGCUGUUGCAGAGGGCCGAGCCAUUUACAAUAACAUGAAAUCUUUUAUUAGGUAUAUGAUAUCAUCAAAUGUGGGAGAAGUAAUUUCGAUUUUUCUAACAGCUGCACUUGGUAUACCUGAAUGCCUAAUUCCAGUUCAACUCCUUUGGGUCAAUCUGGUGACUGAUGGUCCCCCAGCAACAGCCCUCGGAUUUAACCCUCCCGACAUUGAUAUCAUGCACAAACCACCCCGCAAGAGCAGCGAUGCCCUCAUCAACUCUUGGGUUCUCUUUCGAUAUCUGGUGAUCGGCUCAUAUGUAGGAGCGGCAACUGUUGGUGUCUUCAUUUUGUGGUACACUCAGCCCUCCUUUAUGGGCAUCAAUUUAACGACCGAUGGCCACACGCUCAUCUCACUUGCGGAGCUCCGCACAUGGGGAGAAUGCCCUACAUGGGCUGAUUUCUCGCCUGAGCCAUUUUUAGCCGGCGACCGUGUUAUAUCUUUCACCGAACCCUGCGACUAUUUCACUGUGGGGAAAGUUAAAGCAACCACUUUAUCUCUCUCUGUAUUAGUAGCCAUUGAAAUGUUCAAUUCUCUCAAUGCUCUUUCCGAAGACAACAGCUUACUUUGGAUGCCUCCCUGGCAGAACCCUUGGCUUCUUUUGGCAAUGCUGGUUUCUUUCGGCCUUCAUCUUCUUAUCCUUUAUGUACCAUUUUUAGCCAGCGUUUUUGGAAUUGUGCCGUUAAGUUUGAAUGAAUGGCUUUUGGUUAUCUUGGUUUCUGCACCGGUGGUGCUUAUCGACGAGGCGCUCAAGUACUUUGGUAGGCGGCAACGGUGGGCAAUGGAGAAAUACAAAACAGAAUAGAAGACUCUAGAGGUUCUGAGUUCUAACUGGAUGCUUAUUUGAAGAUAUUGUGAUUAGUUUUUGUAUUGGACUGGUGAUAUUGUACAGUUAUAAUUUUGUUUAAGCAAUCCUUGUAUUUAUCAUAGUUUACCCCUGAAAACUACUUGUAAUUUAUCAAUUAUCGGAAGUUUUAUAAAGAAGCCAAUGUUUUAAGCAUUCCUUUAUCAUCA